CAUGAGUACAAGUUCUUCCAUUAUCUUGAUAUUUCAAACUUUACUUCCAUCUUUUUUCAGUUGGGAAAUAAAGUUUCAAAGACAGAGUCCUCUGAGGUUUCCAUACAGGCAUGUAUUUUAUUUUUACAAUCGUGUCCUGUCCCACAGACUUUUAUUGAGUCUCUCUCAGCCUGCCCUCCUCCUGCUGGGACCCGCCCGCAGGGCUGCCCAGGAAGGUAGCAGAAGCGUGUUCAGCAGCAGAGAGCAGGCUCCAAGCUUGGGCGGCUCAAGAGGUGGACGCGGCAGGCGAGCUGGGGGGCCAGGCAGAGCCCCUGGAGCCAUGGCCGAGGAGCAGGAGCAGCUGCUGCAGCUGCAGAAAGACAACCGCGACGGCCGCCUGCGGAAGCAAGAGCUGGAGGAGCUGGUGCGCGGGCUGGAGGCGGAGAGCGAGAGCCUCACUGGGCGCCUGCAGGACCUGCGCGAGCGGGAGCGGAGCCUGCAGCGGAGGCGAAGCCAGGCGGCGCGGGCCCUAAGAGGCGAGGCGCGCGAGGCGGCGCGGGAGCGUGCGGAGCGGGCGCGUGGGCUGCUGGAGGCGGCGGAGCGGCACAAGCGGGACCUGGAGCAACACAACCAGCAGCUGCAGGAGCAGUGGGAGGAGCUGUCCAGUCAGCUCUUCUACUACGGAGGGGAACAGCUGAGUCAGCAGCGCGCGGAGCAGCAACUCGGGACCCAACUGGUGGCGCUGCAGAAACAGCUGGAGCUGCUGGAGGCCAAGUUCGCCAUGCAGGCGCAGGGCCUGCGGCAGGGCGCGCAGCGGACGGAGGAGGCCUGGGCCAGCUUCCAGGAGCAGAGCGGAGUCCUGCAGGAGCUGCAGGGAAAAGUAAUGGAGGCGGCAGCUGCGCUGGACGCCUCUAGAGGAGGCCGGGAACCGUGGGACUCGCAGCCUCGCCGAGUGCAGGACUGCGCGGGCUCGCUCAUGGAGGAGGUGGCCAAGGCGGACUGUGUGAGCGCGGGCUGGGGCGGGCUGCAGCCGGGGCCCGCCUCCCACGGGGGAGCCGCCCCCCUCGCCCCCACGAGGCGCCGCAGCCCGUGCCUCCCUGCGCGUCCCGCGGGAGCUCUGGCUUGGCGCAGCGUGGAGCUGGACGCCCCGCUCUCGAAUCCCCGCAGGAGAAGCGGCUGUUCGGCGGCGUGGGCGCAGGUGGGAUCAGGCUGUGGGCUCUGGGCGCGCUACAGACCCUGCUGCUGCUCCCGCUCGGCUUCCUGGCGCUGCCGCUGCUCUACGUGGCGUUGCUGAACCCCGACGCCAUCCGCCGGGGACUCCCGCGCCUCGGCUCGGACGCCGCCUUCCGCCGCCUGCGCUACACGUUGUCCCCGCUGCUCGAGCUGCGCGCGCGCGGGCUCCUGCCCGCCUAGCGCGCAUCACGCCGGCCGCCCGCA